AUGCAGUGGCAGGGGGCAGGUGCCGACCCAGGGAGCUGCCCCAGUGUGGGACGCUUCGGCUGUGGUCCACUCAACUUCAGUUCUUCAGCCACUGAGAUUCAUUUCACUGAUGUGCCGGAAAACGUUUCAGUAGUAAAUGUAACUGAUUUGAGCGGCCGGAUUCACCAGAGUUCCCCACCUGACUCCAACGGGACUAUUUCACUUAGGGAACUUGAGCCUGGGACAUACUAUCAUUUCAGCUUUUUAAAUGGCUCCAGUACCUGCUGUCAACAAGUGCAAACAAAACCCAGUCCUGUAUUUGACAUUGAAGCUGUUUCCAUCAAUCCAACAAAUGUGACCCUAACCUGGAAAAACAAUGACACAGCUGCUUCUGAGUACACGUAUAGAGUAAAGAAUGAGAUGGAACAUUGGCCGGUGAUUUCUGUUGCAAAUCAGACCAGGGCUACCAUCACAGGCCUAAGUCCAGCGACCUCAUACACGUUCUCCGUCACUCCAGGAACAGACAGUGGGACUUGGGGAGAUCCCACGGCUAUAAAUGUCACGACAGAACCUAGUCCAGUUUCCGGUCUUCAUGUUGCCUUCGUUGGUACGAGGAAGGUCGCCCUUUCCUGGAGCAAUGACAAUGGCACCGCCUCCUGCCGGAUGCUUCUUAAAGGCCGCGAGGAGUCGGCUCAACACUUAGCAGUCAAUAUUUCAUGCCUGAAGCCAGGGGGUCAGUACAACAUCACCCUGUAUCUUCCAGAAUCAAACGAGACACAGAGACACGGCCUGCCUACAAAAAGCGGCUUGGAUGCCAACGGCACAGAGCGGGGCCUGGCAGAGAGCUGGCCCCAGCCGUGCAGCAGCCCCGGCGCCCCUGUGCGCAACGAGAGCCUCCUCGGGCAGGCGGACCCGUCCUCUGGCCGGCAGUCCCGAGACACGCGCGUCCUGCUUGCUGGGCUAAAGCCUGGCGCUCAGUACGAGGCCGUUGUUUAUUCUCAAGCAGCAGAUGGCACAGAAGGACAGCCUGAGAACAUACCAUUCAGGACAAAUGCUAGUGGGGUUUUUGACGUCACGGUUGUGAACAUCAGUGCCACAAGCAUGACCCUGACCUGGAAAAUCAGUGAUGACGAGUCAUCCUCCGUCUAUACCUAUGAGAUACGCGUGGCUGGGGAAAACAAGUCCUUCUGUCUCAAUGAGACCGUCAGUGAGACCCAUGCUGUCAUCUCUGGACUCAGCCCGAGUACCCUCUACAACGUCACCGUGCGUGCUGUCUUAGGCGACGCGGAGGGCACACCGGGCUUCCUCCAAGUGUAUACCUCCCCUGGUCCAGUUUCCGACUUUCGAGUGACCAUGGUUGGCACAAGGGAAAUUGGCUUAGCUUGGAGCAGCAAUGACACUCAGUCCUUCAAGAUAAAUGUCACACAGGAUGGAUCUGGAACAUCUUGGGUGAAAACAACCACCAACCAAAGUAUUAUCAUUGAUGGCUUGUACCCUGGAACCAAAUAUCGUUUUGAAAUAUUUCCACAAGGACCAAAUGGGACCGAAGGGGCAUCUCAAACAGUUUACAACAGAACUGCCCCCAGUGCGGUGUUCGACAUCCGCGCCGUCCACGUCUCCACCACCGAGAUGCAGCUGGAGUGGGAGAGCGCAGACAGCGCUUCUGAGUACGUCUACCACGUAGUGCUACGGUCCGAGCACGGCUCUAACCGCACGAACACGUCUCACAAAGCGCUCACUCUCCAGGGCCUGAUCCCGGGCACAUUAUACAACAUCACAAUCUCUCCUGAGGUGGACCAUGUCUUGGGGGAUGCCAGCUCCAUUGCGCAGUACACACGGCCCAGCAAAGUGUCCAACAUUGAAAUAAGCACCAACACCACAGCCGCAGCCUUAAGGUGGAAUAACUCUGAUGAAGCCUCUGCCACCUACUCCUACCGCCUUCUCAUUGAGCAAGUUGGAAAUUCCAGCAAUGCCACACAAGUAGUCUCGGCCAUUGGAGUCACUUACGCUGCAGUCGCUGAAUUAACACCUGGCUCAUCUUACAAUGUGGAGAUCUUUGCACGAGUGGGGGAUGUUACUGAAUCACUGGUGCCUGGGAGGGAGUCAUUCUGUACAGAUCCCGCAUCCGUGGCCUCCUUCCAUUGUGACGUGGUCCCCAGAGAGCCGGCCUUGGCUCUCAGAUGGGCCUGCCCUCCUGGCGCCAAUGCAGGCUUCAAGCUGCAGGUCAGCAGCGGGGCCUGGGACAACACGACACACCUGGAGAGCUGCUCCUCCGAGAAUGGCACCGAGUACAGGACGGAAGUCACAUAUUUGAAUUUUUCUACCUCGUACAACAUCAGCAUCACCACUGUGUCCUGCGAAAAGAUGGCAUUUCCUGCCCAAAACACCUGUAUCACUGGCAUCACAGACCCCCCUCCUCCAGAUGGAUCUCCUAAUAUUACAUCUGUCAGCCACAAUUCAGUAAAGGUCAAGUUCAGUGGAUUUGAAGCCAGCCACGGACCCAUCAAAGCCUACGCUGUCAUUCUCACCACUGGGGAAGCUGGUCACCCUUCUGCAGACAUCUUGGAAUACACGUAUGAAGAUUUCAAAAAGGGAGCCUCAGACACUUACGUGACAUACCUCAUAAGAACAGAAGAAAAGGGACGUUCUCAGGGCUCGUCUGAAGUCUCGAAAUACGAAAUUGACGUUGGGAAUGAGUCGACCACACUUGGCUAUUACAACGGGAAGCUGGAACCUCUGGGCUCCUACCGGGCUUGUGUGGCUGGCUUCACCAACAUUACCUUUCACCCUCACAACGGCGGGCUCAUUGAUGGGGCUGAGAGCUACGUGUCCUUCAGUCGCUACUCAGAUGCCGUUUUCUUGCCCCAGGAUCCAGGUGUCAUCUGUGGAGCGGUGUUUGGAUGUAUCUUCGGUGCCCUGGUUAUUGUGGCCGUGGGAGGCUUCAUCUUCUGGAGAAAGAAAAGGAAAGAUGCAAAGAACAAUGAAGUGUCCUUUUCUCAAAUUAAACCUAAAAAAUCCAAGUUAAUCAGAGUGGAGAAUUUUGAGGCCUACUUUAAGAAACAGCAAGCUGAUUCCAACUGUGGGUUUGCAGAGGAAUAUGAGGAUCUGAAGCUUGUUGGAAUUAAUCAACCUAAAUACGCAGCUGAACUGGCUGAGAAUAGAGGAAAGAAUCGCUACAAUAAUGUCCUGCCCUAUGAUAUUUCCCGCGUCAAACUUUCCAUCCAGACGCAUUCAACUGAUGACUACAUCAAUGCCAACUACAUGCCUGGCUACCACUCCAAGAAAGAUUUUAUUGCCACACAAGGACCUUUACCCAACACUUUAAAAGAUUUUUGGCGUAUGGUUUGGGAGAAAAAUGUAUAUGCCAUUAUUAUGUUGACCAAAUGUGUUGAACAGGGAAGGACCAAAUGUGAGGAAUACUGGCCCUCCAAGCAAGCUCAUGACUAUGGGGACAUAACUGUGGCAAUGACAUCGGAAGUUGUUCUUCCAGAAUGGACCAUCAGAGAUUUCACAGUGAAAAGUGUAAGUAAGAGGUCAAGAUGGAGUGGGAACGAGGUCUCUCCCAGUGCCCUGGUCGCUGUCGACCUCGGUCUGGGGGCCUGUCUCCCGACGCUGCCACGCUCCUCACCUCACCGGCACUUUGAUGACGGACUGGACGUGUUAAUGGGUAUUUUAGGUUAUAAGGGGUGA